AGCUGCGGGACUGAGCUCACACUCACUCUCUCUCACACACACACACACACACACACGCACACACACUAUCACCUCCUCCUCCUUCUCUUUUCUGGCUCAGCUGCUUUUCCGCUUUUGACUAUGAUUCUCGGUUCCUUCUUCUGCUCUGCGGUUGAUUGCCAGAGACGAACAGCGACACUCGGCAGCUGUGUUUGCGGUCGCUUGUCCUUUUUUAGAAUGAGACGCUGGUGAGUGAGGAGAGAGAGGAGAGAGGAGAGGAGAGGACAGGAGAGGAGAGGAGAGGACAGGAUGCCCUCCGGAGGCGCAGACACGCUGAAGCCCAGCGCCUUCAUCCCGGUGUGCACGGCCGCCUCCCUCCUGGUCGGCUCUUCCUCUCUGUUCUUCGUCUUCACAUGCCCGUGGUUGGCUGUGACCAUCUGCCCUGCUGUGCCACCAUGCUGUGCCACCCUCUUCCUUUUUGUGCUCGCCAACUUCACCAUGGCAACCUUUAUGGAUGCGGGCGUUCUCCCAGUGGCCAAUGAGGACGAGGACAAGGACGACGAGUUCCGAGCUCCCCUGUACAAGAACGUGGACGUGAGGGGCGUCCAGGUGCGGAUGAAGUGGUGCGCUUCCUGUCAUUUCUACAGACCUCCCCGCUGCUCACACUGCAGCGUCUGUGAUCACUGUGUGGAGGAUUUUGAUCAUCACUGUCCUUGGGUGAACAACUGCAUCGGGAGACGCAACUACCGCUACUUCUUUCUGUUUCUCUUGUCACUGACACUUCACAUGAUCUGCGUCUUCACCUUUGGUCUCAUAUACGUCCUGCAACACGUGGACGAAUUAUGGACGCUGCACUGCACUGUCACUUUGGCUGUGAUCAGCAUAUCGGGCCUGUUUCUCAUCCCAGUCCUGGGCCUCACUGGUUUCCACCUGUACCUGGUGUCCAGAGGACGCACCACAAAUGAACAAGUGACUGGGAAGUUUCAGGGUGGAGAAAAUCCUUUUACACGUGGAUGUUGUUACAACCUGGAGUAUCUGGUCUGCAGUCCUAUCUCUCCAACAUACACAGCAAGGGCGCCGCGUAAGAAAACAGUCAUUCACGUUCAGCCUCCGUUCCUCAGUCCUGGAAUUAACAGGCACAUGUCGGCAAAAGUCCAGGACAAUGGGAUACAAGCUCAGGAUCUCCAAAAUAAACAAACCUCGAUCAGAGCUGUCCAGCACCAAACAUCAGGUCCACCACCACUGCCACCAAAACAAGACCACCCUCUGCUGAAGAGCCACCUAGCGGCCAUGGAUGAGAUGGGUCAUCACACCAAAUCCAUCAUCCCUGUAUCCAUUCCAACUGUUCCACAGCUACGGCCAGUCCUGGAGGCCAUAUCCAGAGGAUCAUCUCCCAUCCCACCAGAACAGUUACUGAAGGCAUUAGAGCAGCAAGGGAACAACAGAAGCUUUGACCUCCGCUCCGAGUCUGAAGAAAGUCCUGCAGGAGGCGGCCAGAGGGUGAGACUACCUGUGCAGCCGCCCCUCCAGUCCACCUCCACCUCCACGUCCACCUCCCCACUGCAGCUCAACUCUCUGACUCUCAGCUCCCGCUCUCUCACCCUCAAACACAACAACCGGCAUGGUAGCAAAUCCCAGCUGCCUGGCAUUCAUGCUGACGGUCUGGGAUCCAACCCGCCGUUGGGCAUUAUCUCCACCUCCAGCCUGCUCUCUGGCCACAGCAGCAACAGCAGCAGCAGCAUCUCAUAUGACAACCUCAUCAGACCUGCAGAGCCUCAGUUCCUGUCUCAGAGAGGGGCUCCUCCAGUCAGCUACCACCCUCACUUCAUGACCCUGGGCACCGAUGGAACCGUACAGCGUCCGGCUCCUCACACCUACAGCCCCGUCUUCAUGGGCAUUAACAGACAAUCUCCUCAACCUCGGGAUCCCUCACCUUCUUUGCAGGGUCUCACCUCCAGGGAUGCCUCGCCCUCCUUCCAAGGUUUCAUCAAAAGAGAGCAUUCUCCUGCUUUUCAAGGGCUGAUGCCGCGAGACCUCGCGUCCCAAAGCGUCACAACACGAGACGUGUCCCCUCCAGGUCUGGCCAUGCGAGAUGUUACCUCUCACGGUCUCCGGGACAGCCUCCGGGAUCUCAGUUCACAGGGCUUGAUGCCUCGCUACGACAGCUUUUCAAAAACCAUCAUUGCAUCCAUCCACGAGAGGCGGGAGAUGGAGGAGAGGGAGAGGAUGCUGCGUUUCCAGGCCAGAUCUCAGGUGCUCUACGGCCCAGACAUGGGGAUCUACGACAUCCCGAGCAGGAGGAGUCUUCCACCUGACAACAUCCGACCUCUAAGCUCACGUGGACCAACGCCCCCCGCCUACGGCUCCAGGGAGUUUCUUAUGAGCACAGGUAUUCUGGGUUACGGCAUGAGGACCUCGCCCCUCUCCAGCUCCUCCACGUCAUCUCUGACUCGUGGACCGAAAACCUCCAGCUCGCCUCUGCAGAGCAGCAGUAGCAGCAGCUUGCAAACCAAAGGCAGGUCCUCAUCUCCGGCCUACUGUCCUCCAGAGAGACAGACACAACCUCUCCCUUCUUCCACAUCCACCCUGCCUCGCUUGCCCUCCUCCUCGGCCCCCUCCUACGCUUCAUAUGCCACGGCAAAGCGAUCCUCGCUGACAUAUUCCUCUGAGGGGAAAGACUCUGUCACCCAGGGAACUCUGAAAUAACAAAAAAAAAACACAACUCUUUCAAUGCUGUGAAAGAAUCAUCUAUGCAGUGUUAGUCUCACUAGUUUUCACAGCUUACAGGCUGUUUGGAAAUGUUGCUGUGUGGGAGAGUAAAGGAUAAACUUAGACUUGUAAAGUUGACCAAAUGUGAAACAUUGUGACUCUCAGGAUAGCUGUGCCUCAUAAUCUCAGUCACAGCAGAAGAGCUUUGUCAAGACUACGGAGUGACUUACUCUGUUUAAGUUGCAGUUAUUUAAUAUAGCAGAUUAAGCGUGAAAGAGGAGACAUGUCACCUCAGCCCUGUUUAUAUGUGUUUUGAUAUUACAAACAAUAUAAUACCAUAUUAUCUCAUUUGUGUCCUGCAAAAAAAACAAACAUUAUUCAUUAGA